CACUGCUGAGGAUGUGCAACGCGGAUGCAAAGAGAAUAUUAUUUUUGUUCUCAGAAUAAAUGCCAGAAAAGACAACCAGAUGCUUUGCUGUCCUGAUCGAUAACAGGGAUCAGAUGAGGUGGAGCUGCCUCAAGACACAGAGGAUGAGGCAGAUAGAAGCAGCAGCAGCACAGAGUUGCAGCAGAGAUCAGAUGAGCUGGAGGUGCUUCAAGACAGGGAUGGUGAGACAGCAAGAAGCAGUUUAGAGUUGCAGGUAAGUGCUGUAUAAAGGGCCAGGUAAUUUGGUAUUUUCAAUGAUGUCUCAUGUCAGCAACAGGCUAGCAUAUUGUCGUAUAUUAUAGGAGAGACCUGAGGAGACAGACAUGAGGAGAGAAGUGCAGGCAGGCAAGCAGAAAGCUGAACCAAACCAUGCUGACCAUGCUCAUUGUAGUGCAGCAGCUUAUCAACAAAAUGUUACGAUUCCAAGAAAAGUGGUACCAUGAAUUUCCUUGGCUCCACUACAGUCCAGGAGUCAAUGGAACGUUGUGUUUUUUCUGUGCUCAAGUUUUUGGGCACGGUAGAUCAAAUUGGCCAAGAAUGCAGAACAGACCUUUUGCAAAACUGGUUUCCGAAACUGGAAAAAGUCAACUAAAAAAUGUGCAGAACAUGGCCAAAGCAAUGCACACAAAGUUGCUGUCACUACCCACUGCCAACAAACUAAACCAGUCAAUGUCCAGUUAUGCACAGCAGCAGGAAUCAAGACGGUGUCUAUUAAAAAUUGUGAGCUCCAUACAGCUCUUGGCAGGGAGCUGCUCUUAGGGGCCAUGCAGCUGAAGAAGGAAACUUGAGCCAGUUACUCAAAGUAAGAUCUGAAGAUGACCCUGGCGUAGAGAGAUGGCUGUCAACAAGAACACAUGAUUUCACAUCCCCCCCCAAAUCCAGAAUGAAAUGUUAAAUAUAUUUGCAAACACCAUAAUUAGGGAAAUCAUUAGCUCAAUUUACAAGUUGCCUCUCCAGUAUUCUAUUCUUAUUGAUGGAACACAGGACAUAGAAGGGACUGAACAGGAAGCCAUUUGUGUGAGGUAUGUAGACCAUGAUUUGGUCCCCCAGGAGGCCUUAGUGGGUUUUUACGAGGUCUCAAGCACAACUGGGGAAAACUUAGCAAAAGUUGCCACAGAUGUGUUGCUGCGCUUGAAUCUUCCGCUGUCUGGUCUGCGUGGACAAACAUAUGAUGGGGCAGCAAACAUGUCAGGCGACAGAAAGGGAGCACAGGCCAGGAUAAGGGAGAUGCAGCCACUGGCUUUGUAUGUACACUGUGUUGCCCACUGUGUAAAUCUUGUCACCCAGGCUGCUUGUAAGGCUUCUUCCCUAACAUCUGAUGCUCUGGAUUGGCUCCACAAGCUUGGAUGUCUGUACAAAUUGUCAGGCAAAUACAAAACUAAAUGUGUGAACAUUGCAACAGCAGCAUCAGGGACAGUUAGCAAUCUGGGGCCCUUGUGUCAAACAAGAUGGACCACCAGGACUCCAGCAAUCUGGUCUGUGCUACGUCAGUAUGAGUCAGUGCUACUGAGCUUAGAGGACAUGGCCCAAACAGAUGCCCCAAACACUGGUGUGACUGCAAGAGGGUUGCUGGAGAGAUUCGGAAAAGGUACGACAGUGUUAGGACUCAUUCUAGCCACUGAAGUAAUUCAGGAGUUGGAGUGCCUUAAUUGCACACUGCAGAAGCAGACAGAAACCGUGUCUGGUAUGCUAUCUGCAGCAAAUUGUGUUAGGACCACCCUGAGGGCAAAGAGAAUGGAAGAGAAGUUCCAGGAGAUUUACAGCCGAGCGACAGAGAAGAUCUGCAUGCUAAAUAUUGAGCCAAUAAGCAUGCCACACAUCCGCCGUGCACCAAAACGCUUUAUUGGCAACGACACUACUGCACACACACCCACAACCCCAGAAAAACACUACAGAGCUGACUUCUUCAAGGUGAUGGAUACUGUGGACAUGCAGCUGAAGGAGAGGUUUCAUCAGAGUGGUCUGACAAUAUUGGCAAAGCUGGAGGAAGUCCUCCUAACUGGGGAGCUGGACACCGCAGUGGUGGACCAGUAUCCUGAAUCAAACCAAAGGUCACUGAAGGUGCAGCUUGACAUGUUUAAGCUCCAGUACCCUUUCAAAUCCACUUCAGAGGACGCAGCUAUUUUGAGGAGUCAGUUGCCUGAAGUCUGUGGCUUUUUCGACCAAGUAUAACCCCUUAUAUACGGCUUCUUAUGGUUGUUCCUGCAGUCUCUGCUGAAGCAGAGAGGAGCUUCAGUGCUCAGAGGAGGUUGAAGACCUGGCUGAGAAGUACAAUGUUGCAAAUUUGCAUUAACAAUGUAGCAGUCACAUUCACAAGGAGUUGCUGGAUAAAGUCAGCAG